CCUCACGUACAUAAGACAAGCGGCAGGAUUAGGUUUCUUCAGGCAAUAUUAUCCUAUCCCAUAUGGGUAUUACGCUCUUUAGAUGAUUUUUAACAUGUUUUAUCCAGUGUGCCGUCCCCCCCCACCCCUUUCGGAUGAAGAGGAGAGAUGCCGACUUCACCGCCGUUGCACGUCCCUCUCCAUCAUCCUCGCAGUAUUGUCCACACAGACACACACUCUCUCUCCCUCUCCCACACCACACACAUCUUUCUUGACCCAAAACGUAGGCGACAAAUCUUGAAACAAGUGAUUUUGUGUCAAUCCAUUGCAAGCAAAACCAAUUCACCCCGGCCUCUCUUAUGCUUUCGUUUCGUCUCAUUUAAAGCACCUUUUGCGACAGCACCGCCCUCCUACCACCAGCCUCGAUCCCGCCCUUGGGGAUCGAAGCAAAGACCAAUCCGAAUACCUUGCUCUUGUAUUGGCCGUAGGCACCUCGUGGGCCGCCCUUCCCACGAUGACCCCUCCAAAAAAAAAGCAAUAAAUAAAUGGCUAGAAUGUUUCAGCCGCCCUUUUCCAGAACAUCUGUCGAGACCAAAGCCGGCAAUAUGGAUAAUAGAUAACGAGAAAUUGGACACAAAUGAAGCAGAGUAAUGUACAUCCAUGUCGGCUUGGAGAGCCUCGCUGGGCUUGUUCGGUAUUUGCGACAAGAAGGCCGUAUUGGUGUGCGAGGGUGCGUCCGCAACCCUACGAGGAAGGUGCGGGAAGUCGUGAAUGGGUGGGUGGGUGGGUGGUGGUGGUGUUGUCGCCGCGUGAGGUCGAGGUGAGGUAGGGAAUGGGGCCGAAGAAGGCCACGGGUAUCGAUUAGAGUUGGCAUGUUUCAAGCCUGCCAGAUUGAUGUGACAAGGUUAGUUGGUCUGGGGCCGCUUGCCGGCCCCCAAUUAUCGCAGGCUCUGCCUUAUAGUAUCAGCUGCUUGAGGUUGCGU